AUGUUGUCGACAACACAGCAAGGUCCAGGUGCUGCAGAUCUCACCUCUGAUCCUUAUCAAGGUAUUCCGAUGACGGACUAUCACGACUGGUCAUUUGUUCCCUCGUCAAUGUAUCAGGACAACGACCCCAAUCAGGUUGUCGACUUCUUUCUCGACUCGCUCCACGAAGAGAGCGCCCAGGCAGAACACAUCCGUCGCGCAUCGAGCGUCAUCGAAUCGGAUUCUUCCGACAUCGGUUCCCUGAGACACCACCAGCUGUCCGGCUCGUACAUGCUCCCUCGAGACUUACCCAGUCCUGCACCAAGCUCGUCUUACGGUCGACUGGAUCUGAGGUCUGCCGAAGACACUCCGCUCCGGGGAGUGCUUGUCCCAGUGGUGCUGUCCGACAAAGAGCGACGCCACCGACGGCGGGAGCAGAACCGCAAGGCACAGCACGCGUUCAGGGAGAAGCGCAAGGCCGAAGCACGCAGGGUCGAGAACGAACUCGCCGAGUUGAAGUCGCAGCUGGCCAAGAUCCGCUACGACGCCGCCACUUCGGGAUGGACUAUCUGCGUCAAAUGUCGAAAUUUCUUCCCCCCCGGCGUGAAUGCGAGUACCGACGCAGACGCCGAGCCCAAAACUCCUCCAUAUGUUGACAGUCUGUUUCGGAGUUCAGGACCAUCCGGUCGUGACGAUUGCCAUCGAUCUGGCUGA